AUGUCUUUCCUUCAUAGUCAUUCUUGCGAGUGCGUUAAGUCAGAAUUGGAUUUGUUUGCACUACCGUCUACACAAACUAGCAUUGCAAAAGGAUUGUGGAUUCAUUAUAAACCAAUUUCAUCUCUUGGUGAUGAUGGACCUAUCGAGUUUCAAGUUCCUGGGACCGGCGAUGACUACAUAGAUUUGUCUCAUACAUUACUCCACAUAAAGGCAAAAGUAUUAAAUCAAGAUUCAACUAACUUGGUAUCUACUACAAUAGUAGCACCUGUAAAUAAUUGGCUGCAUUCACUUUUUAGUCAACUUGAUGUUUAUUUAAACCAAAAACUUGUAUCACCACCUAAUAAUACCUAUGCAUAUCGAGCAUACAUGGAAACCCUUUUAAACUAUGCCCCUGCUGCUAAACAAUCUCAUCUUACUUGUAGUCUUUGGUAUGAGGAUACAGCAGGAAAAAUGGAUUCUACAGAUGGUAAAAACAUAGGAUUUGUUAAAAGACAGGAAUUGAUUAGUAAAAGUAAGGAAAUAGAAAUGAUUGGUCAUCUUCACGGUGACAUUUUUAACCAAGAUAAAUUUUUAAUUAAUGGUGUUGAAAUGAGUGUUAAAUUGGUUCGAUCAAGAGAGAGUUUUAAUUUAAUUGUUGGGUCAAACGAUGUAAAGUUUAAAGUUUGCAUUACGGACGCAACUCUUAUUGUGCGACGAGCACGAAUUAAUCCAAGUGUAUUACUCGCACAUCAAAAAGUUUUAGCUUCUACCACUGCUAAAUAUCCUAUUACUCGAGCUGAAGUAAAAGUUUUAACAAUUCCUUCAGGUGUUCAAGGAAAAACUCUUGAUAAUAUAUUUUUAGGACAGGUACCGAAAAGAUGUAUAAUUGGAUUUGUGAACAAUUCUGCAUUUAAUGGUUCCCUUACUAAAAAUCCAUUUAACUUUGAAAACUAUGGUAUUAAUUCUUUCAGCUUAUAUAUUGAUGGUCAACAAAUACCUUCAAAAGCUUUGCAACCAUCUUUUAAUAAUAGCAUAUUUACAUCAGCAUAUCAUACUCUAUUCUCGGGAACUGGUAUUCACUUUCUUAAUGAAGGAAAUGGAAUCUCUUGUGAACAGUAUGGCAAAGGUUACUGUCUAUUAGCAUUUGACUUAACUCCUGAUUUAUCAGCUAACUCAUCAACUCAUUGGAAUCUCAUAAAGCAUGGUAGUGUAAGAAUAGAAGUACGAUUUGAAUCCUCAUUAAUACAAACAAUUAACUGUAUAGUUUAUGCUGAGUUUGAUAAUAUUAUUGAGAUAGAUAAAAACAGAAAUGUUACUGUAGACUAUAGUAGUUAA